AUAACCUAAGAUAGGUGACCAACUAUGACGCACAGCCUGAAGCUUGCGCAACCAGCCUCCAGGUGCCGUGGCUAUCACCGGUGAUUUUGCCAGAUUUUACUUCCACCCACAACGAGCCAAGAGUUCCCUGGCACAUCGGGACAGCAUCGACGCAGCUGCCAACGCAUUGACUUGCGGGCUCACAAUGAACUCGAACCGCUCCUCCCCGUUCCCAAAAUGGGAGAAGAAUCCGGAGCUGCAACCACAUUCCCGAACCAGAGCAUCGGGUGCAAUUGCUCAACGCUCCCUUCUUGCUGGCUAUCGCAACUCGCAAGCUACACAACCCUUUCUAGUUCAACGCAAAAAUCAUAGAACCGAAAUUCACCUCAUAAGCGACGUAGCAAAGCUUAAGGAAAUGCUCAUCGUCACCCAAAAUACGUUGAACGACGAGGCGCUUGUGAGAGGACUUCCGGACGGCGGGAAUAAGCUCAAGCAGAGGUUUGAGGAACUCAGAAAGAGACUCGCGGAGCUCGAGGGAGGGGACUCGGAAGUCGAGGAUGUGAACACCCCAGAAGUGUCAACCGGUUCCAUCUCGGCGCGGUCAUCAUCAUCAGUUCCAUCCACCAUGAAUCGUCCACCAGGACCUUCAAAAGAAUCACCAAAAGAAUCACCGGAUUCCAUUUCCCAGCUAGCAGCGACCCUUUCCACUCUCCGGGUGUCACCCUCCACACCCAAUCCACUCAUACCCAAUCCUUCCCAGCCACACUUCCCCCUCUCACCAGGCUCGACACCAAAAGCAGUCGGCUUGGUCAAACCACUCCCGCUCUCGGAAUCCAUUGCGCUCGAACAGGAACACGCGCGGGCUUUAGAAGAGCAGCGGCUUCAGCUCGCACGAGAACGUAUGGAAAACGAGAGCACAGAGAAUGGUGAUCGAGGAUCGGACGCACGAGGGAAAAGAAUGGGCUGGUCGACGGUCAGAGCGGAUCGGUAUGAUCGGCCGUACCCGAAGGUGUCGACAUGGAGUGAUGAACUUCGGGGUGGACUGGUGGAUACCAGUAGUGAAAGCGAGACUGAGGGUUCAGAAGAGGUGGAUAGUGAUGAUGAGGAUAGGGAUGUCUUGUUUAGGGAGGAGAUGGCUAGGGGUGGCGAAGCCCUUGAGGAGAAGGGCAAUCUUCUGCUGAGCGAAUUCAAAGACUACACCGAUGGGCAUCGGGUGUACCACGCUUACGAUGUAACCGCACGUUCAACGGAGCACAGUGGAUUGGACAAGCCGCCGAGCUGGACUGUCGGAAUCCUGUGGUCAACUAGCAGCAGGUGGGUUUCAGGCCAAUGGCUGGCUUCGACACUCGGCAAACGUUGCUUUCCGAUCGCAUACCCACGCCACGCAUGGUCGCGGCGAGCUCCAUUGUAUACGGACUACAAGGCUGGCCACGGCGGCGUUGCCGUCUCUAGACGCGACACAGGUCUCUCACUCAACCGAUAA